UUUCAUUCAGAUGCUGAGAUUGGAUCCAUGCAUCGACAGAUAUUCCUCGACAUGUUCGAAGACUGUCAUCAUCUACGUCCCCUGCGAGGCGCGGCCGAAUUACUGGCUUAUGAUCAAGAUUGGCCCAUGUUGUAUGACAAGGAGACCCUGAAGAAGAAUCAAGUAAAGGUAAACGCUGCAACGUAUGUCGAUUUCGGUCUUGUGCAACAGGCAACAUCUGUCAUCGGCAACGUGGAACAACUUAUCACCAAUCAGAGUUUCCAUGACGGCAUACGCAAGAACAUGGAAAACCUUUUAACGACCUUUUUCGAGCUGUCUAAACGGGGGCGCGAUCAGAACGAGUUUCCCUGAAGCAGCGAGUAGCCUGUGAUGUGGCGUUUUGGGAUCGAGAUAGUAUAGAGAUGAUCUACGCUACAGGAUUGAUGGAAUCUGUGUCAGAAAUCAAUGGAAGUCUUCAAAAUCAGGUCAUGAACGGAAAUGUCAACU